UAUUUUGAUGAAGAGAUGGCUAUAAAAUAUAUUUCUGUAGUAGCAUUGGCUUUAGACUAUCUGCACAGACAUGGGAUCAUCCACAGGGAUUUGAAACCGGACAAUAUGCUUAUUUCCAAUGAGGGUCAUAUUAAGCUGACAGACUUUUUUGGCCUUUCCAGGGUUACUCUGAAUAGAGACAUCAAUAUGAUGGACAUUCUCACAACACCAUCAAUGUCUAAACCAAAGCGAGAUUAUUCAAGAACCCCAGGACAAGUCUUAUCUCCCAUCAGUUCUUUGGGAUUUUUAAGUCCAGUUGGAGAAAAAGAUCAAGACUCUGCAAACAUGUUUUCAACCCCUAAGUCUAAAGGACAACUUUCUCAAGGAUUAAUUUGUCCUAUGUCCGUAGAUCAGAAGGAGCCGACUUCUUCAUUUUUUUUUCCGACUUCUUACUCAAGCAAGCUACUAAUAUCAUGUUUUGAAACACUUGCAUCCAAUCCAGAAAUACCUGUGAAAUGUCUGACUUCUAAUCUACUCCAGUGUAGGAAAAGACUGGGUACCUCAAGUACCAGUAACCAGUCUCAUACCUUCGUAUCCAGUGUGGAGUCAGAAUGCCACAGCAGUCCCAAGUGGGAAAGAGACUGCCAGGAAAGUACCAAGUCCUCAGGCUGUGCAGGGAUGAGCUGGAAUGCAGCUGAAAUGCUGUAUGCAAAAUCUACAAGUGCCAUCGAGACAGCAACAGAUGUGGAAUUAACACGUUCUCCCAUUCACGACAGCAGUGCCAUUCCCACCACUGGAAGCAACCAAGAGACCCUCCCUAGAAAAAGCUUCAGGGAAAUCUCUUGGGAAGCAAGAGAACCAGAUAUAAAUAAUGAGAACAUGACCAUUGACGAGGGACAGUCUGGUUUCUAUCAAUCCAGUCAGUGGGCUGUAAAGUCCAGUGCUACAUCUGAAGAACACCUUGGUAAAAGAAACUGUAAAAGAAAUUUCCACUUGGUUGACUCCAGUCCUUGUCAGGAAAUUAUACAAAGUGAAAAACACUGUAUGGAGUCUGAGGCCAAUAAGGAAAGGUCAGGCUACUGUACAAAUCAAAAUACAGGCUUGACCGCUGAAGUCCAGAACCUAAGGCUAUCUAUCAGUUGCGGAAGUCAGCAACAUGACUAUGCUAAUAAGGAGAACAUUGUCACCUAUUUAACUGCAGAAGAACUGCACAUACCAACGAUAGCAAAGAACCUUAUGUCUGAACUCGAUGAAGACUGCGAGCUGAGCAGUAAAAAGGACUGCCUCAAUUCUAAUUCUGUAUGUUCUGAUGAGGACAGAGCUCCUAAAACUGUCUGUAUGGAUUCUGAUUCAUCCUUUCCUGGAGCGUCUAUGAUGGAAAGUUCACUGGAAAUUCAGGCCUUAGAACCAGAUAAAAGCAUCAGAGACUUCUCUUUUGAACAACCAAAUACUGAAGAUCUACUUAUGUUACCAAAAUGCCAAGGGAAUUCCUUGCUAAAAGAUGACUGGCAUGCUUCUAUCCAAGACAUUAGCCAAAUGUUAGCUCCUCCUUCAAAGGUGCCCAAAACAUUAACGUCUAAAACCAACAUCGUGGCUUUUCGAAGUUUUAACAGUCAUAUUAAUGCAUCCAGUAAUUCAGAACCAUCCAAAAUGAGCAUCACUUCUUUAGAUGGUAUGGACAUUUCCUGUGAUUACAGUGGUUCAUAUCCCAUGGCUGUGACCCCUACUGAGAAAGGAAGGGUCUGUAUGUCACAUCAGCAGACUCCAAAUCAGGUCAAGUUGUUCCCAACAUCAUACAGAACUCCAAAGAGUGUGAGAAGAGGGGCACCGCCAGUAGAAGACGGACGAAUUCUAGGGACUCCAGAUUACCUGGCACCUGAGCUCUUACUGGGUACAGCCCAUGGUCCUGCGGUAGACUGGUGGGCACUUGGAGUUUGCUUGUUCGAAUUUCUAACAGGAAUUCCCCCUUUCAAUGAUGAAACGCCACAACAAGUAUUUCAGAAUAUUUUAAAAAGAGAUAUCCCGUGGCCAGAAGGUGAAGAAAAGCUAUCUGAUAAUGCACAAAGUGCAAUGGCCAUGCUUUUAACCAUUGACGACACAAAGAGAGCAGGAAUGAGAGAACUGAAUCAGCAUCCUCUCUUCAGUGAGGUGGACUGGGAAAAUCUGCAGCAUCAGACUAUGCCUUUCGUACCCCAACCAGAUGACGAAGCAGAUGCAUCCUAUUUUGAAGCCAGAAAUAAUGCUCAGCACCUGACCACAUCUGGCUUUAGUCUGUAG